CAUUCGAUAAGAGGAAUCCUAUGUACGGGAAGCGUUAUAUAUUCAGACUCCCAGUUGCGGCAUCGCUUCACGCAGUUGCAUUUCGAUUAUUGCGCAUCGUGGAAACUCCUGUGAACCGUUGGAACGUGUUUUCCCUCGACGGAAGUUGGGAUUAUCGUGGAAAUCGAUUUUCGAAACGAUGUCGCCUGUUUUGCUCUUGAUCGUAGUGAUCGCUGGAACACACGCGAUGCCUGUAACGCUCUCUGAUGAUUCGAUUAAUAAAAUCGAUCAAGGGACGAUAAGAGAAGAGAAGAUCGCGAAUGAUGACUCAGGUGACCCGCCAGUCUUCGAACACGUAGUUGAAAAUUCUGACACCAACAGCACGUCAAAACCAAGCCUACUCGCCUGGUUCCUCGCGCCAUUGACUCAGAAUCUGCAGAUCAACCCCCAAACUCUGCAGAACCGCGUCAUUCAGUUCAAGGAAGCGUUGAAGAAUCUUGGGCUUGGAAAUCGUAACGACUCGAAAGGAAAGCAAUUGAAUAACGCAAACAAUUUGCUACAUGUCGCGAGUGUAAGCGAUUCUGGCUUUUACACGGAUAGAUUGGAACCAGCUGGAUUCUUCGGUGGAAAUGGCUGGCUGGCGAAUAAAGGUGGGAUCUUAGGUCGUCCUGGAGCGAUUCUCUCUACUGGUAGCAUUCUCACAGAUUAUCCAUCGGCGUAUAGAAGAAAAUAGACCAAUUUUCAGAAAGAUAUUCCUUCGAGCUUGAUGAGGGAUUAGUAGACUUCGUAGCAUACCAGAGAGAGAGGGAGAGGAAGAGGGAGAGAGAGAAGAUCGCAGCAUAUUUUAUUUUAUAUUUGAUCGAGGGAAAUUAACAUAGAUGAGUUAUGUGUAAACGUUUUCUGCCAUGGUCUUUAAUGUAACGUUAUUUCUCAUUUAUUUGGAGAUUAAAGAUAAGAUUUAUGCUGCCGUGUUAUAAGUAGGCGUAUCCAUUCAAAAAGUGAUUUGGAGAAAAAUGACUUUUAAGUGUUUGACAAUUAGCCAUCGAUUUCACAUGCGUCCGAAAUAUGAACCGUUAUAUCUUCGAUACAGAUACCGCUUUCUUAUCGAAUAUACACAUAGAUAAAUGAUUUUUGCGCUAUCCGACAACAAUGAUUCGACUUAAGCGAAAAUUGCAGAUACGUUCUUUCGAUUUAACACGGCGCAAUGAUUAACCAGAUUUUUACAUUUUAUAUACUGUAAAUGUAAUAUUCUAAUUUCUAAAGAAAUAGUCACUCUACUACAAGAUUGUUGUAGUCUGAACAAUAAGUACUUUCAUAAAUUAUUCGAUAAAGUUGUCUUCUCUAUAAUCGUAUAAUUCUACAUAAUCACGUUCCUGGAAGGAUAGUAGACGCAUGUAAUAGAGAAUAGUGAAGAGAAUAGUGCUAAGAGAAUAGUGCGAAAAGAUAGUAGUUUUAUAUUGUUUUUUAUACUAGUGGAAGAUCUUAGAUCUGUAAGAUAGUAUGAACAUAUAUAUAUAUAGUAAUAUAUCAGCAACCAUUGUUAAAUACAAAUUUUAUAAUUCUUUGAUUA